AUGUCAAACAAAUGGCAAAAAAUCAUCAAUGCUUUCAAUGUUGUAGCAUCUGACAACAAAUCUCUACAGUAUGAUGCAUGUUGGUACAAAGUUCAUUUUGAUGAAAAUGAGAGAACUUCUUUAUCUGGAAUUAAUCAAUACAGAAGUCCAAUUGAAAAGGUGAAGAAGAUUGUAAAGAACGAGUUGAAGAAGUUGAUGCAGACAAGAUCCUCUGCUAGAUGGGAACAAAAACAACAAUUGAACAAAGAGGAACGUGGCAAGUCAAUAAACAUGGUCACACACAACAGAGAUGUAACCGUUGAGAGCAAAGAUAGCACCAUGGAAGACUCGACUGUCUCUGUUAGUGAUGAUGAGCAUGAGGUCAUAUAUGAUGUAUACAUGGACAAGAAAACACAAUUUUGCCAGAAGAUGCUUGGGUCUUUAAGCUUGAAAAAGAAGUAUCAAAAAAAGAUGCUUUGGUAUGCAAGUGAACAGAAAAAGUCAAAUGCAAGAAUAGAAAAGAUGAUGAAAAAGCUUGUAAAAGCAUUAACAGACAAAAAAUAA